AUGAGUGGAACACAAGAUAAAUAUAGAUAUAGAAUAGAAAUUCAGCAGAUGAUGUUUGUUUCUGGUGAAAUAACGGAUCCACCAGUAGAAACAACCUCAUUAAUUGAAGAUAUUGUUAGAGGACAAGUUAUUGAGAUCCUUCUACAGGCUGCUAAAACAUCUCAUGCUAGAGGAACUAGGUCAAUUUUACCAGAAGAUAUUAUUUUUCUUAUUAGGCAUGAUAAGGCUAAAGUAAAUAGAUUACGAACAUACCUUUCAUGGAAGGAUUUAAGAAAGAAUGCUAAAGAUCAGGAUGCUACUGCAUCUUUGAAUGCAGGGGGAUCAGGGCCUGGUGAUGACGAUGGUAAAGACAAUAGAGAUGGAAAGGAUAAGGAUGGUAAGGAUGGUAAGGACAACAUGAUGAAAGUAAAAAAAUCAGCUAUCAAGCUACCUUGGGAGUUACAAUUUAUGUUUAACGAGCAACCAUUAGAGAAUAAUGAAGAUUCUAAUGACUUGGAUGAAGAUGAAAGGGAAGCCAACAUUACAACACUAAAACGUUUGAAGAUUGCUGAUGAUAGGACUAAGCAUAUGACAAAGGAAGAAUAUGUUCACUGGUCUGAUUGUAGACAAGCCAGUUUCACAUUUAGAAAGGCUAGGCGGUUCAAAGACUGGUCAGGUAUUACACAUUUAAUAGAAGGGAAACCUAAUGAUGAUGUCAUAGACAUUCUUGGUUUUCUGACUUUUGAGAUUGUUUGUUCAAUAACUGAAACAGCAUUGAGGAUUAAGAAAAAUGAACAGUUACAACUGCAACGAAAAGCAAACAAUCAAUCAUUCGAGAUUACGCAUAGUUCAAAUUCUGCAUCUAAUCCAACAAACUUACAAUUUCAAACCACAACUUUGUCUCAUAAUUGUGGCAAUAAAAGGAAAAAAAGACUUUUUGAUGGUCCAGACGAUGCACUUGAACCCUUAAAACCAAAACAUAUUGAAGAAGCAUGGAGAGUACUUCAGUCCAUAGACAUGAAACAUAGAGCUGUAACUAAUUUUAAAGGAGGAAGAUUAUAUUCGAGACCAAUAAUUCUGUAA